GAGGAGCGGAGCUCUGCGGGUUCGCCUCUCCGCUUUCCCCUGAAUUAGACCGAGGAGAAGAGGUUCACAGAGACGCUGCUGGGAUUUUGUUUCCUUCUCCAGCCACCAUACUGUUCCCACAUUUGGUUUUAAUAUUAACUGUGUACAUUUUCUCUGUGGAGGGAAGUUGAGGAGGGAAUGAGCAGCAGGGGAAAUCUGCCGUGACUUUAGUCGGAGGAGAAAGUGGCCCCCGGUGCCAACAGGGCAGAUAGUUGCUGCUGCUGCUGCUGUCUGUCUGUCUGUGCUGCAGUGUGGAGGAUCAUCACUGGGAGCUGCUGAGGAGGAAAAGCUCGCUCACUUCUUCUGUAUGUCGCCUCGGAAAUAAAACCACAGCGCCAAGAUGGACCUGAAGCUGCUCUUGAUCUCCACAUUGUUAGGAGUCUUCUGUUUCAGCAGUGCUCAGAAAGAGGGGAACGAGUGCAUCAAUGCCAACGCCAAAUACUGCGGGGAGUGCAUCCAGGCUGGAGCCAAAUGUGGCUGGUGUAAAGACCCAGACUUCUUGAAACAGGGUGAGACUGUGUCGACCCGCUGUGACGAGAUGCAGUCUCUGAUAAAAAGGGGCUGUGAUGAAGGGAUGAUCGAGAACCCAACUGGGGAACAGAUGGUCCUCAGGAACAAAACAGUGACAAAUCGCAAAAAGGGAGCCGAGAAACUGAAGCCAGAGGAAAUCACUCAGAUCCAGCCUCAGAAACUCACCCUCACCCUCCGAUCUGGUCAGCCCCAGUCUUUUGACUUGAAGUUCAAACGAGCAGAAGACUAUCCUAUCGACCUGUACUACUUGAUGGACCUGUCCUACUCCAUGAAGGACGAUUUGGAGAAUGUCAAAAACCUGGGAACAAGUCUAAUGCUGGAGAUGUCAAAGAUCACCUCUGACUUCAGGAUAGGUUUUGGCUCCUUCGUGGAAAAGACAGUCAUGCCGUACAUCAGCACCACCCCAGCCAAGCUGCUUAACCCAUGCACAGGCGACCAGAACUGCACCAGCCCGUUCAGCUACAAGAACGUCCUGAAGCUGACCAGCGAUGGCAAGAAGUUCAACACCCUGGUGGGCCAGCAGCACAUCUCUGGAAACCUGGACUCUCCUGAGGGGGGGUUUGAUGCCAUCAUGCAAGUGGCUGUGUGUGGGGAUCAUAUUGGCUGGAGGAAUGUGACUCGUCUGCUAGUGUUCUCCACUGACGCUGGCUUCCACUUUGCUGGUGAUGGCAAACUGGGCGGCAUCGUUCUGCCCAAUGAUGGAAAAUGUCACCUGGAGAACAACGUGUACACCAUGAGCCACUACUAUGACUAUCCCUCCAUCGCUCACCUGGUUCAGAAGCUGAGCGACAACAACAUUCAAACCAUCUUUGCGGUCACAGAAGAGUUCCAGCCUGUUUACCAGGAGCUGAAGAACCUGAUCCCAAAGUCUGCAGUGGGCACUCUGUCUGCCAACUCAAGCAAUGUAAUCAACCUGAUUAUAGACGCUUACAAUUCUCUGUCGUCGGAGGUCAUCCUGGAGAACAGCAAGCUUCCAGAGGGAGUGACCAUAGCCUACACAUCCCACUGUAAGAACGGAGUGGUUAGUGAGGGUGAGAGUGGAAGGAAGUGCUCCAACAUCUCAAUCGGAGACGAGGUCAUGUUCACCAUCAGCGUGACAUCUAAGGGCUGUCCCAAACAAGGCAAGCCCGAGACCAUCAAGAUAAAGCCCCUGGGAUUCACAGAGGAGGUGGAGAUCACGCUCAACUUCAUCUGUGAGUGUGAAUGCAACAAGGACGGUGUCAAGAACAGUCCGCUCUGCCACUUUGGUAACGGGACCUACGAGUGCGGAGCCUGCAAGUGUAAUGAAGGCCGUGUGGGCAGACAGUGUGAGUGCAGCAGCAACGACGUGGCCACAGAGGACAUGGACCGGACCUGCCGUAAAGACAACGGGACCGACAUCUGCAGCAACAACGGAGACUGCGUGUGCGGCACAUGUGAGUGCAAGAAGAGAGACAACCCUGAGGAGAGGUACAGCGGCCAGUACUGCGAGUGUGACAACUUCAACUGUGACCGCUCUGGAAACAAACUGUGUGGCGGGCAUGGACGCUGUGAGUGCCGAGUGUGUGUCUGUGACCCAAUGUGGACCGGAAGUGCUUGUGACUGUUCUCUGGACAACAGCACGUGUAUGGCCAGCAACAAGCAGGUCUGUAACGGCAGGGGAAUGUGUGAAUGUGGCAUUUGCAAGUGCACCGACGCCAAAUUCCAGGGUCCCACCUGUGAGACUUGUCCUACCUGUCCAGGAGUCUGUACUGAACACAAAGAGUGCGUCCAGUGCCGGGCGUUUGGCACCGGUGAGAAGAAGGACACGUGUGAGAAAGACUGCAUGUACUUCAACCUGAUCAAAGUGAAGGACAGGGAGAAGCUGCCCCAGCCCAACGACGCCGUUUACCCCGUGAUGCACUGCAAGGAGAGGGACGCCAACGACUGCUGGUUCUACUACACCUACGCCGUCAACAACAACACGGAGAAGGAGGUCCAUGUGGUCGACACGCUGGACUGCCCCGCCGGUCCUGACAUCAUCCCCAUUGUCGCGGGCGUGGUCGCCGGCAUUGUCCUGAUUGGCUUAGCCCUGCUGCUCAUCUGGAAGCUGCUGAUGAUCAUCCACGACAGGAGAGAGUUCGCCAAGUUUGAGAAGGAGAAGAUGAACGCCAAAUGGGACACGCAAGACAACCCCAUAUACAAGAGUCCUGUCAAUCAGUUCCAGAAUCCAAACUAUGGACGUAGAGCUGCUGUCCUUUAAGGUGAAAAUCCAAUCUACAAAAGUGCUGUCACGACUGUGGUCAACCCCAAAUAUGAAGGAAAAUGAUGACGUCAUACUUUUCAAUGGACUCUGCUAUCAAGUAUCUGACAGCUGCAGUAUUUACCGCAGGUCUGG